UUUGGGAACAUUCGGCUAUCCCGGUGAGCGCGCGCUUCCCGGAUCGUAGCUGCCUGUCAUCGUUCGGGCUGACAUCACAGAGAGGAUUUGCUACAAUGUCAAACAUCCACAAGCAGCGCGAGCUCAUGGCUUCCCCGCGCCACAAUGAGAAGCAUCGCCGCGUUCUCCUGCUCAUCCUCUAAAUACAAAACUCCAUUCACCUUUUAUGGGUUUAUUCCAUGUUCCCGGAUAGGAUGCGUUUGAGGUCUAUGUGAGUGUAAGAGCCAGGUCAGAGGUCAUGCUGCGGAGGGAAUCUGACUCCCACGGCCUCUUUUCCUCCGGAGAGACGUCUGACAAUGACUGUGAGAUGGGGGCGAGUUGUGGAGAGGUAGAUGUAGUGUGUCUGUGCGAGACUGGUCCCUGUACACUUUAUUCAGAAGCACACACGCCUACGCCGGACACACUGCUUUGUGAACACUGUGGAAAAAACAGAGUAAUGAUGACCAGGUACUCUGAGGGAUACGGCACAGAGGAGGAGUGUGUAUUAUCUGACCCUCAGGGGGAGAGUGAUGCCGAUGCAGAUAUAGAGGAUACAGAUUGCAGACUCCAGGAGCCAGGUUCUCUGCAGCGAAUCAGCUCCCGGAGACGCAAGCGUCCCGCGGGUAGCGCGGCAGGACACCACGGAGAGCGAAGACGAUGGUGGGAGGAGUCACAGAUCCCAUCGCUGGAACCUCAGGCUCAGUCCUGACCGAGCACACAGCAGGACCAUACUGGAGGAGAGUAUAUCACAGGUCAGGCCACUGAUCAUCUGCCGGCCAAAUGUCGAGAGGCAGAAGAGCGAACUGCCCCGAGGCUCCAAACUGAUGUCUCUGUGGCCGUCGUCCCUCUCUCUUCCUCUCAUCCUCCUCCUCUCAGCUGCCCCUCUCCCUCUCCCUCGUCAUUGUUAUCGUGUCGUUCCUCCUACCGUGGGCCAGUGCUUGACCUAACAUUUCUGUUGCAAGAGAUUAGUUUCAUUCCAAAAAUUACAAGAAGUUCCACCAAUUCUUGAGAUGUAGUGGAUAGCACACAAAUGUAGUCUGCUAUAAACUACAAACUAAAAGAUCUAACAGGCCCCUCAUAUUUUAGAAAUAUUUCAUUCUGAUGUUUUUUUUCCUACCAGAACAUGUCAAAUUACAUUUUUGGAAGGAUUUAAACAUCUUGUUUUUUGUGUGACAGUUGGCGUCUGGGCUCCAUUGAAACCAAAAAGGCACAAGUUCAAAUAUUUAGGUCUUUCAUACUGCACCUGUUAAAACCACUGUCUGUACAUUUACAUCCAGAAUCUGCUCACAACGAAAACAACGUAAACUCAGUGCUUGCUUCUGCCUCAUAAUAUCUCACCUUCCGUCUCACUUCCUCACCCCCUCGUUUGUAAAAAUAGACCUCUCAUCUCGCUCCUUAUUCUAACGAGCCACAGGAGUGGGGGUGGGGUGGGGGUGGGGUAAAGGUUUCAGGGCUGCGCAGGUAGAUUCAAAAAGGAAAAUAACAGGCUCAAUAGGAAAAAAAAAAAGUAAGACGAUGCUGCUGAACUAUGCAAUUCCUCUGUUCCUACCGCAGCAUCUUAACUGCUGUAAAAGAACGUCUCCUAUGUCCUUGGCACUGUCGUCACCUUCUUGGCCCCUUUUCUCUCUAGAUGAAUAUACUUUAUGAAUGCAGGGACUUAUGGUUCUAAAAUAGAGCAUGACCCAAUUUAAAAAGCAAUAGCAGGAGAGAUCUGAUAUAGCUCCCGUCGUGUAUGAUCUACAGUACAUCUGUUAUUUUAGUGAAGGGAUUACAUGUAUUAUUUUACUUGUUGCAGACUGAUUUAAAAACAGGUGGAUCCUUCUUCUUCUUCUUCUUCUUCUUACUACUUCUUCUUCCUGGCUGCACUUGUAUGUUUUUAGUAAAAUAAGCUGACCUCAAAAUUAAACAAGCUUUAGUGGAACUUAAUUAUGUUUAAGCAAUUUAAACACUUAAAACUAUUUCACAGUCUUACAGUUGAAACAUUACUAUCAUGUUUAAUACUAUUUAUGUUAUGUCUAUGUUUAUGAAUUAUUAUUUAAGAUGAAAAGGGAGCUUGACAAUCAGUCAUGCUACUUACUUCAAGCUGAACUAACUGGAAAAAGCCAUUUUGCUGUGGCUUCUCUGUACUGUAUGUUUCAUGUUAUGUUGUUUUUGAAUAUUUUUGAAGCCAUGAUUAUUGUUUUUUCACACCACACUGGAAUUGCUUGCAUCCCUGUAGAGAAAUAUUUGUUUCUAAAUUAAGAUCAGGUUGUACUGUAUGAGCUAAUUUGAUUAGUGUUUAAGACUUUUUCCUCUUCCAGCCUAUUGUAUUGCCUGUCUUACAUCUUAAAUUUUUUCCAUAUGUAUGUUCACCUCUGUUUCAUGGGGCCAUAGAAGUUCAAUAAAACUAGAUUGUAUUUUGACAAA